AUGACUACACCUCAAGUAAACCGGAAUUCGCUGCCACACAGGUCGUUCGGCGUAGACGAGUCGGCUCUCGACGACGAGAAUGAUACGCCCCAGCGCGACGGGUCGUCUUUGCGCAGAGUUCUUGGUCGAAUUUCGUUUGGCAACAGCAUACGUCGACCGAGUUUCGCUUCAAGAUUGAGGGCAGCGGCAGAAUCACCAGCUCCAUCCGAGAGGCCACCGGUGCCCACGGUAAUGCAGCCUGCUGGGGAAGUGUAUCAGACGCCACUGCCAAUACUCUCCAUGAUUGUUCUAUCUAUCACCAUGCUAGGAGAAUUCUUAUCUGCAAACGUGUCGACGCCGUCUUGUUAUUCAUGGUUAAAGGCUAGCUUCGGUGUGCUCACUGAUGAGGCUGAAAUCGCUUUUUGGACGGGUGUAUUAGUAUCAACAUUUUUCUUGACUCAGUUCCUCACGUCAUUGCUUUGGGCUACCGUAGCUGAUAAGCACGGGAGAAGAGCGGUCCUAGUGAUAUCCCUCCUCGGUAGUGCAUUGACUUGUGCCAUCUUCGGGACUUGCACCUCUUUGCAACAAGCCAUAUGCGUAAGGUUAUUGCAAGGCAUCUUUGCCGGAGCCGUCGGCGUUGCUCGAGGAUCUAUCUCUUUCGUAACCGAUGCAAGUAAUGAAGGUAGAGCUUACGCUAUCCUGGGAUUUUGCUGGGGGUUUGGUGGUGUGGCGGGGGCCAUCAUCGGAGGAACUUUCGAAAGCCCAGCCCUGAAAUGGCCCGGAACGUUUGACUCCUUCCCUUUAUUCGUAAAUUAUCCAUAUCUCCUACCGUGUGCAAUGGCGGCGGCGAUCACCUUUACAGGUUCCGUCCUCGCGUGUUUCCUGGGCCCCGAUGGCGGGCCUAGGGAAGGGGCUAUUCGCCUCAUGCCUGAGAAGGUUGAUAUGCACCCACCAAUCCCAGAGGAAGAAUCCAUACCACCGAGUCCGAUCUUCGAUGACGAGGAUCAACAGCCCACUACACUUACAGGGUCUAUCCGGAAAAAACUUUCCCAAAAGCUUUCCGGCUACUUUGCCUCUCGAGUAUAUGAUGCACAAGAUAGAAAUACCUUGAACGGUAGUUCGUCCGCAGCUCCGCAACCCCCUGUACCUCUGGCUGCGGGACCGAGACUAUCAAGAACUGCAUCCAGGACAAGCCGCAUUAAUGGGUCAGCUUAUGGGUACGGUAGCUAUAGGAACAGGCUGGCAAGCAAUGCAACAACGACUGUGAGAGCAAGACAUGGCAGCAUGGCAAGUACCUUGCGGCGAAGACGAGGAAGUAAUUUCGACGGAAAUCGAGAAUCACAAGCUAGCGAAAGUAAUGACCUUAAUUUUGCCCAAAGAUUACUUAUGGCCAACGAGAAUGCGGUCACGAACAUUGCGGAUCUGUGGGUCGCUGCUGCGAUGAAUGUCGAUAACGAAGAUCCAUUCGAAAGCGACACUGAGAUGGGAUCUGACGAGGAUUCCGGGGAGGAGGCUCUGGACGUGGAAGAAAACGUGGAGCGUGUUCCUGUUGAUGACGGUGCUACACCUGCACAUGUUAUCUCGACGCCGACGCCCCGUAGUCGUCGAGCUUCCAGUAAUACGACACCUAUUGCGCGUCGAUCUUCUAACGCACGCGGGACUAUCCGGCCUCUUCGACUUGGUUCCCCUCGCCUUCCUUCCAGUCCUUGGCCUAUUCCUGAGCGCCAGGCUUCGUUUUCUCAGCUACUAGAGGGUACACACAUAUCCCGUCGAUUCUCCAACGCGCCUUCCAUCUUCGCUCAUCCUGGCGUUAAACCCCCGGCUGCUGUUUUGGAUGCACAGCAAUUACUUUCUUCAGAUGCCGAGACUGCUGGGCCUGAUUCACUCGCGCCAAUCGCGGAAUCGAGAAGGGUGUCGCAGAUUAACGACCAAGUUGACGUGGAGUCCCUAGCCGAGAAACCAGCUUCAUUGUCGUCUCAAUUGCCCGUUAUGAUUAUUGUGCAGUACGGGCUGCUAGCGCUUCAUUCUACAACGCACGAUCAGGUCUUCAUGUCGUAUCUUGUAACCGAUUAUGACUCUGGAGGCCUGAAUCUCAACGCUGGGCACUUUGCACAGCUUAUUGCGUUGAUGUGUCUCUGCCAGAUUGCAUACCAGUUUUACCUCUAUCCCAAUAUUGGGCCGCCGCGAGGACGGUUCUCCCAUCUAGCCAUGUUUCAACUUGGUUCCUUGUUCUUCAUCCCAUCUUAUCUUACGGUCGUACUUUAUCGUGUACCGUUCGCUAGUGAAGAGAAUGACGGCAACUUCAUAUUGAUGACGGGACUUGCCAUUAGCACUGCUUUACGGUUCUGCGGUUCCACCUUUGCGUACACGGCGGUAUCUAUCCUGUUGAAUUAUAUGACGCCACCGAGUGCCGUCGGGUACGCCAAUGGUAUAGCGCAGAGUAUAGUCAGUCUUGCCCGGUGUUUAGGCCCUGUCUUGGGCGGAUAUCUCUGGUCUGUAAGUAUCGAGGGAAAUCCUAAUGGGUAUCCCCUUGGUUUCAUUGUGUGUGCUGGCGCAUGCGCAUUGGCAUUGUUGCAUAGUAUGCUUAUUCGAUGAACGCUUCCAACCGUGUAGAAGUUUCUUCUUUCAUUAAUACUGUAUUAACGCGUAUAGAUCUCAGUUCAUGAUCGACAUGAUCCCAGAUCAUCACCUACAUGGUACCAUACAUAUCCACAAGCUUUGGGACUUAUGCUAGUAAUACUUCUCCACCCGGACUGUUGUUACGACCUAAAUUAUAUUGCUUCUACUUCGAUUCUUUCCCUUCUGGCUAAUUGUAGAUGUCUCGUUGUGUUAUGAUCAUUCCGUCGCUACGUGAUCGUCGCUCCAGUGAAUUGUCUCAAAGCCCAAGCGUAACGCCAUUAUGGCUCACUGCAGGGGUAUAAAAUUAUUAAUUCCUUUCCUUCUGCAGCACUGAUCCCUGACCAAUAAUUUGGUCAAUAUGCUAUCUACAAAAUACAUAAAAAAUAUAUAGUACUACAACCCAUAUCAUCGUUUUAAGCUGCCGCCUUGAUAAUGUCCGCGGCCUGCAAAGAGAUUUCAUUGAGCUUUC